AUGAGAUUUAUGGGUAUAUCAUACCCAAAGACUGCUGUGAAGAAAGUCCCAGCACACUUGGAAAGUCCUGCAAGGACUCAGCUACAGAAGGUUCAGCAACAGCAAGUAAAACCCUUCAUGACCCUUGACCACCAGAUUCUCAACCAGACUUUUAAACGGUCACAUCCUCCAACGCCAAGCAGUGAACUUCUGGUGCAGCAUGGACACCCGUCUCCCAAGAGUGACCUUGGUCUCGCUGGAAAUCCACUCACCAAGUUGCUAACUCUUGGCAAAGAAGAUGACAAUACAGAAUGGCAUAUGGAGGACGUUAUUGAGGAUAUAAUCGGUAUGGACCCAAGUUUUAAAGAGGAAGGAACAGAUUCUCCUCUGCUAAUGCAAAGAACAGUAUCUGGAAGUAUUUUGGAUGUGUACAGUGGUGAGCAGGAAAUUUCACCAGUUAAUAUGGGCCUUACAAGUGCUUCUUGUCCAAGUAGUCUUCCAAUGAAAAGAGAAAUUACAGAAACCGAUACUCGAGCUUUGGCAAAGGAGAGACAAAAAAAGGACAACCACAACCUCAUUGAAAGAAGAAGAAGAUAUAAUAUUAACUACCGAAUCAAGGAGCUUGGCACUCUUAUUCCAAAGUCUAAUGAUCCUGAUAUGCGCUGGAACAAAGGAACCAUUCUAAAAGCAUCAGUGGAGUACAUCAAGUGGCUACAAAAAGAACAACAGAGAGCUCAAGAAUUAGAACACAGACAGAAGAAAUUAGAGCAGGCUAACAGGCGCCUUCUACUCCGCAUUCAGGAACUAGAAAUACAGGCUCGUGCUCAUGGUCUGCCAACCCUGGCUUCACUUGUCACAGUUGAUUUAGGUGCUCACAUCACCAAACAACAGACCCAUCUAGAGCAGAAUUCAGGAGACUAUUGCCAACAGUUGGUUCUGUCUCAGGGGACAAGCCCUGAGCUCUGUGAUCAAGCUAUGGCCUUCUCUGAUCCUUUGUCGCACUUCACGGAUUUAUCAUUUAGUGCAGCUUUGAAAGAGGAACAGAGAUUGGAUAACGUGCUACUGGAUGACACAGUAUCUCCGUUUGGAACAGACCCUCUGCUAUCUGCCACUUCUCCUGCAGUUUCUAAAGAGAGCAGUAGAAGAAGUAGCUUUAGCUCAGAAGAUGGUGAUGAGUUAUAA